GUCGAUGACCAUCCGAUAUGGGGUAAGCUCUGGGUUAGUUGGCAUUAUUUUUGAAAGAUGGGUCAAUUUAGAUAUUGACCGACUAAUGGGUCAUCGUGCAAAUUUCCAAAUUUUUUAUCACCUUCCUCUUACCGGUCAAGGUUGAAGACGAAAUCUCCAAAUCUUCCCAUUACCUGCCAUUCAUGGCAACAAUUUUUUCUUCCCUCGUGCUGCUGUAACUACCCCACACUAAGGUACACUCUUCACUCUUUAUACAAGUCUCUUCUUAUUUUGCUUCCAUUCAACCAAGACUUUUGAUGAUGCCUCAUUUUUCUCAUAUUCCUUGUCAUCUUCAUUUUCCUUUUCUCCCUCAAAAUCCGCAUCGGUCUGUGUGCUACUACUACUUAUCCAAACCCUCUCCUCUAAUACCUUUGUAAUUUUGAUUCAAUGGAGAAAUCUGGGUGUGGUCGCGAUGGAAUUUUCAGGUCUUUACGGCCUCCACUUGUCUUUCCUAAAGAUCCCAAUCUCUCCAUGAUCUCUUUCCUCUUCCGAAAUUUAUUGUCUUAUCCUAAUAGACUAGCCAUUGUUGAUGCGGAAUCUUCAUAUUCUGUGUCGUAUUCCCAGCUUAAAGCCUUGGCAAUUAGGCUAUCCAAUGGUUUGAUCCAAUUGGGUAUUGAGAAAAAUGACGUGGUGAUGAUUUUUGCUCCAAAUUCAGUUCAACUCUCCAUUUGUUUCAUUGGGGUUAUUGCCAUUGGGGCUAUUGUAACUACUUGUAAUCCUGUCUACACGGUUUCUGAGCUAACUAAGCAAGUUAGAGAUGCUAAGCCUAAACUCGUGAUAUCUGUUGCUGAAUUGUGGGAUAAAGUGAAGGAUCUAAACAUCCCAACUGUGUUACUAGACCAGAAAAUUCCUUCAGCAAUUCAUUCUUCUAAAAUAUUGUGUUUCAAUGAUUUGGUGAACAUGGCUGGUGAUAAAUCUGGGUCUGAGUUUCCAAUUGUUGGGGUGAAGCAGAGUGAUACAGCUGCACUUCUGUAUUCAUCAGGAACAACAGGAGCUAGUAAGGGUGUGAUUUUGACUCACAGAAACUUCAUAGCAUCUUCUUUGAUGAUAACAAUGGAUCAGACGUUUAGUGGAGAGGAACAUGGCGUAUUUCUGAACUUCUUGCCAAUGUUUCAUGUGUUUGGAUUGGCUUGUAUAACAUAUGCUCAGCUGCAGAAAGGAAACACCAUUGUCUCUAUGCCAAAGUUUAAUCUUGAGAAAGCCCUGUGGGCAGUGGAGAAGUAUAAGGUGACAGAUCUGUGGGUUGUGCCGCCUGUUGUGCUUGCUUUGGCAAAGCAGAGUCUGGUGAAGAAAUACAACCUUUCAUCAGUGAAGCGUGUCGGUUCAGGGGCUGCACCUCUUGGGAGGGAAUUAAUGGAGGAAUGUGCUAAUAACAUUCCCAGUGCUGUGGUUAUCCAGGGUUAUGGUAUGACUGAGACUUGUGGAGUUGUUGCGUUGGAGAAUCCAGCAGUUGGCAAACGAAAUUCUGGUUCAGCUGGAACACUUGCCUCUGGUGUUGAGGCUAAAAUAGUCAGUGUGGAUACUCUAAAGCCUCUACCUCCUAAUCAAUAUGGAGAGAUACAUGUUCGAGGACCAAACAUGAUGCUCGGUUAUUUCAACAAUCCUGAAGCCACCAAGCAAACUAUUGAUAAAUAUGGAUGGGUGCAUACUGGAGACCUUGGAUACUUCGAUGAAAACGGUCAGCUUUAUGUUGUCGACCGAAUCAAGGAACUCAUCAAGUACAAAGGUUUUCAGGUUGCACCAGCUGAGCUUGAAGCACUGCUGGUUUCUCACCCGGAGAUACUAGAUGCUGUUGUCAUCCCCUACCCUGAUGAAGAAGCUGGAGAAGUUCCAAUUGCUUAUAUUGUUCGAUCUGCCAAUAGUUCUUUGACUGAAGAGGACAUCCUUAAAUUCAUUGCUGAUCAGGUUUCUCCUUACAAAAGGUUAAGAAGAGUGACAUUCAUCAGCAAUGUCCCCAAGUCUGUUUCUGGUAAAAUUCUGAGGAGAGAACUCAUUGAGAAAGUAAGAGCUAAAAUCUGAGAUCUUUGUUUCCUAGUUUCAUUCUGAUAGUGGCCAUAGAAGAGAAGUAAUAAGUUAGUCUAGGCCUAAUAUUAAACCCAUUUUGAUCGAAUCUGAAUAACUUGACCAUAAAAGUGAAUAAAUUCUCUCUUUUUAUUUCA